AUGACUUCGUCAAAAAUUUCGAAUCCAAAUUUACUAAAAUUUUUACCCCAGAAUAGACAAAAUGUAAAUCGAUCAGGUGCAAAAGUGAAUGAUAGAUCAAUAAAUGAUACUGAAGCCGAUUUCAAUUAUGCAGAUAACCAAAAAUUGUCAGAUACACCUCAACAUAAGAAAGCGAAAGCAAAUUUAGAUGAAACAGAAGCUAACAGCGAGUUUGAAUUAGGCGAAGAAGAGUCUGAACGACAAAAUUUAGUUUCUACAAUUCAAUUUAUCGAACCUCACAAAGAUUUAACUCAAUCAGCUUUAAUUGUAGUGUUUGUACUUUCUCAUUAUGAGCUUUUUGAGCAAAUGUUUGAAGUUACCAGAAAUGAUGAUUCAGCAAUUGUAUCGAUUACCAAAUGCAUCAAUAUAUUAAGUUGCGUUUUACACGAACCUACAAAGUUUCCUAGAACAAUUUUUGACGAUAUACAAUAUUUCUUUGGAAAUAUGCAAUUAUUAGGUAUUUCUAUGGGCCCAGUAACAAAAGUCAAGUCAAUACCAACAUUAAAAAUGAAUAUCGAAACAAAAUUAGCAAAAGAAGAUGUGGAAAAUAUGAUUUUCCGGAUUGAUUAUCCAAAACUUAACUUACCUAAUACGAUUGAUGUUGCAUCUCCUAUUAUGCAGCUACUUCCAGAAGGAUCGGAAACUAUUUAUCGUCAAUUUAAGUUGAUUUGGGCUUUAUGUCUAAGGAAUAACGUAUUAUAUCCAGCCAUUGUAGAAGAAGAUGGAGAAAUAGCUGCUUUGUACAAAUCAGAGCUAUUUACGCGGUUUGGUUCUCUUCAAUCUUGUAUUUUAUCAGGAUCUACAGUUCUUUUUGCUUGUUAUUCCUCUUCUACAUCAAAAAGACCUAUGCUUGUUCCAGCAAGUUAA